AUGGAGUAUGGUAACUCUUUCUCGAAAAAGCUGAGCGACCGCAAAUACAGGGCAGGCAACCAAGAGAAGGAGACAAGUGGUAGCCCUGGGUCAGGCGAACGAAACGCUGGUCGCGCGAAAAGCCCCUCAAGAGCGAAACAAACAAGCAACAUCGCUCAGACGUUAUCGACUGCUCGUCGGCCUUCAUCCGUGCCGCGGAGUCUUCUUCGAACUCGCGCAAACACCGAAGUGAAAACCCUCUGCUCCAGUACGGGCGAGGUUCUGUACUAUCUGGGCGAGCAGCUCGGUCGUGGCGCGUAUGGUGUCGUCUAUAAGGCUAUUGAGAUCAGCACGGGUUACUUUGUGGCGGUGAAACAAAUCCCAAUCGAGCAUAUGGGGCCUGCAGACCGCGAGGCGGUGCGAAACGAGAUUGAGCUCCUCUCCAAGCUCAAUCAUUUCAAUAUCGUCAAGUACUCUACAGUGCUUCACGAUGAGAGGCAUAUUUCGAUUGUUACGGAGUUCAUGGAGUCUGGGUCUCUGGCUGGUAUUGUUCGCCGUUUCGGUCCGCUUCCAGAGACCUUGAUUGCGUGGUACGUAUCCCAGGCGCUGAAAGGUCUUACGUACCUGCACGAGCAGGGUGUCAUUCACCGCGAUAUUAAAGGCGCGAAUAUCCUGCUCAACAAGCGCGCGUUCGUGAAGCUCGCCGACUUUGGCGUCGCAACCAAGCUCAUGCGCAGUGACACGGAGACUCUUUGGAGCAGUGGCAGUGCGUCUGCCGGGGGACCUGCAGCGGCGCCCUCGAUCGCGGGAUCACCGUACUGGAUGGCGCCGGAAAUCAUCGAAAUGAGCGGCUACGGGACUGCUAGCGAUAUCUGGAGCAUCGGCUGUACGGUGAUCGAAUUGUUUACGGGGUAUCCGCCUUAUUAUGAACUGGCACCCAUGUCUGCACUGUUUCGUAUCGUAAGUGAUGAGCAUCCUCCAUUGCCCCCGAACGUCAGCGAGGGUAUGGCGGAUUUUCUGCUCCAAUGCUUCCAGAAGGAUGCAGAACGGAGACCUUCAGCGGAGAUGCUGCUUCGGCAUCCGUGGCUGGUAAAGCGAACCAGCGAGCUCAAGAGAGCUGAAUCCCGACUCAUGGAAGCGUCGAGCGAUUCGGACGAGUCAGAUUCGGUCGAUACGUAUCCUGGCAACCAACCAAGGCGGCAGCAGAAACAUAGAAGAGGUUCCUCGAAGCACAGCGCGAUUGCAUCGCACCACGAGAACGAGCCAGUUCCACACCUACCGGUGCCGCCUCCGAAAUCAGUGAAUGUGCAAGUUCCAUCGGAGGAUUCGCUCAUGGACGAGGAACUCGAUGAUGCACCGGCUGCCGAGGAUCUCGACGAAGAGGAACCAGACAUUGCGGAGGAUUUCGACAGCAUGACGCUGCGCUCUGCCGAGGAUUUGGCUGCGUUCGGAAACAAAGCGCCGACGACGGAGCGGUUAUCGCGCCCAGCUGAGGAACACCAAGACGGAGUCUCUGGAGGCACCGCGGAUCCGAAUGGAGUCCCCAGCCAGCGCAGAGCAGCGCUGCUGGCCUCUAUGGCGCCGCAUGCGGCCCCGGCAUCGAUGAAGCAAUCCUCCGUGGGCACCGAUCAUCCCCAGACGAGUGCGCAUCACGACAAGCAACGUGGAUCCAUAGCAGGAAGCACGCCCCCAGUUCGCAUCUCUGUGGAGACCCUUGAGAUGUUUGCUGAAAAGGAAGAGACCUACGAUGAUUUAGGUAUCGAGAACGAGGACCUGCUUCUGGAGGAGCUGCAGCGAUGGCGGCAGUCGCUCCACACAACGAGAUUCUCUGUAUCCGUAGACAUGCCGAGUUCGGAUGAGACCGACUCGGAAACGGAUACGCCGGACCUUACACCGGACUCUGAAGUCGCUGGGGAUCGCUCCCGGAAUCGAACGUCAUCUCCGGUCUCAAGAUCCAGGUUGCGGCAAUCGCGGGAGCGCUCCUUGUCUCUGAGACAUUCGUUUCCACAUGUUGGAUACCAGAGCCAAUCCUUGUCUUUGUUCUCGUCACCUUCAAUCUCAUCUGCUGAGAGCGAAGGAGAUUCCUUGAAUCCACCAACAGCCUCAACACUCGUCCAAGUUGGCGACGUUUCGCAAGCGGCUCGACUGCAACCCACCGAGCCUGCCGAUGCCGAUACCGAUGCAAAUGCUAUUCCCCGGCAGCGACGAAGAAGCGAACGCAAGCUACGACACUCCGAUUCGUUGCCUCGAGAUCGCUACGAACGUCUGGUAUGGGAGGAAAUCAGUCGCAAGAUUUCCGCAUUGGUGCGGGCUGACCUCACGCUCGGCGACUCCAAGCAGCGCGCUGUAGAGGCAGCCAACUCUAUCCUGGAGCUUUUCCGAGAAGUUCAACCCCAGCGAUUCUACUUGGUGACACACCACCUGCUCAUUCCACUGAUGGAAGUAUUAGAUGCAUCUGGCAUUGAAGAGCAGGUGCUCGUUGAGCGGAUUCUAGCGUUUCUGAACGAGGCAGCGGCCACGAUGCCGGGUGUGCCAGACUCGACGGCCGAAGGGCGCGCAUUCCGCGAGCACCUCUGUAUUGCAGGAAUAGUCCCAAUUCUGGUAGAAUUCUCCGCUCGAACUUAUAAUGAUCGUGUUCGAAUGCAGAGUGCGCACUUGCUUGCCAAAAUGCUGCACAUUGAUGUUGAAGAUGUAGGCGUUCACGAGGGCAAGGUUGCGUGUGCGCCCAGUGCCCAGGACGCGGGCUCCGAGACCGCAUCCGAUCGGAGAACGUUCGCUUUCGCGUACAACCAGAAAAGGCUGGACACCGCGGCGGUGCUUGAUGAGAGCGAUGUUCGUUUCAUCGAAACUUUCAUUGCAAGUCGAGGGCUGCGCGUGUUUGUGCACCUGCUCGAACCCGACUUUAGCCGUUACUGGGAAAUGACGCUCAUUGCGCUGCGCGGGGUGGCGCUCGUGAUGCAGACGGAAAGUCAGCGUCGUCGCCAUGAUAUCUGCCGUUUGCUAGCUCGGGACGGGUUUCUGGAUCGCCUGUCCGAGGCGCUCGAAUGGUGUAUUGAAUGGCUGGCGCACAAACCGGCUCCCAGUGUUGAGCAGCAGAAGCUGGAUCACGAAUCGCCGACCAAAGCGCGUCAGACGCACGCGCUGCACGAGGAGCACGUCGAGCACCUGGUUAGCCGCCUCGUGGAGCUAUGGCUGCUCUUUCCGCCAGCAGACUCGGUCAUUGAGAAACACAUGGCCCGCCGCAGUGUCCUUCAACCCAUUGUGCAUAUCCUGCCGGCGUUGAGAGAUCAGCGCGAUCAGCUGAGUGUCCUGAAUUCGCUCCGCGAUCUGAGUGGUCAUCAGGAGUCCCAUCGGGCGCUGCAAACUUCGGGUGCGAUCACCGUCUUGGUGGGCAUGCUGGAGCACAGCAUGCUGCUCGAUGGGCGCAUCAUCAUAACCCUUUUCAAUUUGUGUCGUUUGCGAGGUCCCCUGGAGACCAGAGAACGACAGGAAGAAGCAGUUUGUGCACACAAUGGCAAGCUGGUACGCUAUCUGCUGCAGCUGGCCCGCGCUGGCGGUGGAGCUAUCGCGGGCACUGGACCUGUAUCACAGACGCCAUCGGGCACGGGUGCCGGUUCUAACCGGAACCACCCAGGCACUGCAUGCUCGGAGGACGCUCCUGGUCAAAGCGGCGAACAUCCGUUGCGAGGUUUCGCUAUCGAGAUUCUGUGUGCCUUGGACUGCAGCUCAGAGCGUAUUCGUCAAGUUUUGUGGCAGAAUGGUGUCACCGGCUUCCUGAUCGGGGAAUUACUGGGCACUGUCGUUCGACAACAGCGUCUACGUGCUUCCAAGGAGGCCGAGGCGGUAUCGCUAGCGCCUGCAGCAGCCGCCACGCGACCCCCAAGCGCAGCAAACACGCUGUCGGAGCGCGGAGCGAGCAUCACCGCACCCGAAGCGUCGCCCAGAGACGAUGACAUGCGGGUGUCGCACCUGUUGACGUCGCACCAGAAGGCGAUCCUGGAAUCGCUGGUGACUUGGAUGCACGCCAGCAAAACCAGUCUUCGACAGAUCGAAGAUGUGCUGCUGCUGCUGCCUCACGAACCGCUAUCUGCUGACGCCGGCUCCGUUUCAACGUUCUUGCAGGUGCUCGCAGAGCUACCUUUCUGCAACGCUGAAACGAGAUCGCCGCGUGCUCCAGUGACAGCUGCCGCAAAGAUCGCAGACUCGAACUGCGAAGCCAGUGGCUCCCAGUGGUUGCCGCUGCAACACCAGAGCUCUUCCGCGUGUCAUGCGGAAUACAUUCUCGGCCCCUACCGAGAAAUGAUCGAAGCAAGUGCGCGAUUCCGAGACGCGCUCAGUGCGUACCAGGGAGGCAUCUUUUGUCGGCGUCUUGCGCGACUCGCUCUGGGCGCACAGAAAGCCGACGUUCGACGCCAAGCGCUCUUGACGCUAUCUGCGCUGAUGCAGAGCGCAGAUCCCGAAGUGCUCGCUGUUCUCCAACAAUUGGCAGUGGCGGAACGUAGCGUACUUCUACAGCCGGAAGUGAAGUCCAUCCUAGAGCGUUUUGGUUACACGAUCGAUACGGCGCUGCGGGAGACGUCACCCAGAGCGCUACAGGUAGGCAGCGCCAGCGAUGUCACUGCAUCCGCACCAGAGGCCUAG